UUCGCUUUUGGCACUUGGCAAAUGAAAAAAUAUCAUUCAAUUCGACAAAUUUAGCCGCCCCACAAGGGUGCAACUGCCCACGCACUACAAGCCACGAGAUAUAAGAAUCCCUUUUUGCCUCGUCCUUCGUCCCAUGCAAUGCUCAAUGCUUAACACCAUGUCCACUGAAACUGCAUCCUCCAAUCUCACCGUCAACCCUUUGGAAUAUCUCCAGAUCACCCUCAAUCCGGAUGGCACUCUCGACCGCGACCGCUUCAUCUUUCCGGACACCUCCGCCGCACCCGAUCCCACCCCGCCGACCGGUCCAGUCCUCUCCAAGGACGUCCCAAUCAACCCUUCCCACAAAACUUGGGCCAGGAUCUUCCUACCCCACCAUGCACGAUCGUGCUCGGAGGAGAAACUCCCCCUCAUAGUUUACUACCAUGCCGGGGGAUUCAUCCUCGGCAGCCCGGCCUCGAACAUAUUUCACGAGUUCUGCAUCACUCUAGCGCAUGAGCUCUCCGCUGUUGUUGUGUCAGUGAAGUACCGCCUUGCCCCAGAGCACCGGCUCCCCACGGCAUAUGACGACGCGGUGGAGGCGCUGCACUGGGUUAAAACCACCCAAGACGAGUGGCUUGCGAACCACGCCGAUAUCUCCACGUGCUAUCUCAUGGGCACCAGCGCAGGAGGCAACUUGGCCUUCCAUGCAGGGCUGCGCGCAUCUGCGGUGCACAAAGACCUCGAGCUGUUGAAGAUCCGAGGGCUGAUACUUCACCAUUCCUUCUUCGGCGGGACGCGGACGCCCUCGGAGCUGAGGCUGGCAAACAACCACAUGCUGUCGCUGGCGACCAGCGAUCUUAUGUGGGAGCUGUCGCUGCCGAUUGGGGUUAACCGCGACCACGAGUACUGUAAUCCAACGGUAGACGGUGGUUCCAACCUCUCGGAAGGGGUGAAUAAGAUGAGGUCGCUGGGGUGGAGGCUACUGGUCAUCGGCUGCGACGGAGACCCGCUGAUCGAUCGACAGGUGGAAUUAGUGAAACUGUUGAAAGAGAAGGGAUUGAAAGUGGUAAGCGAUUUCACGGAGGGUGGAUAUCAUGCGAUUGAGAUCAUGGAACCGGACAAGAACGAGCCUCUGGUCCAAGCCUUAAAGAGUUUCAUGUCGACGCCCGUGACUGGUCAGGGCGUGGUCGGUCCACCGGAUGGAGUGUCCACGCAAAAUGUGGCCUGAGCUUUCUCUUUGUCUAUACACCGUAUGAAAUUAAAAGGGUCGCGACGGUUCUAGAGCACUCCAUCGUGCAUUCAGUCGUUUCUCGUCUAAAUUGGUUCUCUAUCGCCUUUAAGGCUUAAGAAUAUCCAUCUAAUGAAUAAUGUGGUUUCUCGUUGGUUCACCA